GGAUUCCAUCAAAGACAUUAGAUCCUAUUUAGCACUUGAUCUAAGCAGAGAACACCCUGUCAGAAGAAUCUAGGUGAAAUCUCAAGGCUUCUUAAGGAUGGGCCGAGCUUCUAUGAAAGAAGGCCACGGACCCUUACCAACUGCAAUGCAACAAAUGAAGUAGACAAGCAGUCAGUCUUAGGGGUGGCUGUAGUAGUAAUAGUUGUCGUUGACUCACAGCUCAACAGUAAGACAGACAGUCAUCGUUUCCUACGAAAGCUAUCUUCCAAACAUUUCCAUUCGAGGCAUCGACCCUUUGGAACAUGCAUUGAUCAAAUCCCGGGGAUCGACAAGAUGCCGAUUGGGCAAGUGUACAGAAGCCCUGUGCCACCCAUCAAUAGGGUGAGUGUUAUUUCGUCGCCAUUCCUGGAAUUGGAUGCCAAGCAAGGGGCACUCAUUAAAAGAAAUUUCGUGGUCAAGAAGAAACCAGUUGACUCAAACGAGGAGACCAAUGGGUCCGAGAGCCCGAAAAUCCAGACGAAGAAAGUGAAAAUCGUCAAGAAAGUCAAGGUGAAGCACAAAAACAAAGAAAAUGCCGAUCCUACGGAAGACCAUGCUGAGCAAUUACCCUCCAAUAACCAAAUUAAUGACCAGCACAACAAUGAUGAUUCCGUCAUUGUUGGUUCGGAAGAACUGGUCAAUGGGCACACUGAAAACGGGAUCGAAUCCAGUCCUGAAGGUGACCGAUUACUGCAAAAUGGAAUUGAAAACCAGAUGAGCGACAUUUCAGAGAGCGUCGGUGAUUUGCAUAUCAACGGUUAUGAUAACGAGGAAAGUGAUAUUGCCACCAAUGAAGAGAUUGAAUGUCUUGCACCAGCCAAAGACCGGAUCAAUGUUAUGGAACCAGACCCACAAAUGAAUAAAACGUCCUUGGAAGAAAACAAGCCGGAAUUGACAUCGGAAAAAAUUAGCGACAUCUAUGAAAAGUUCCACGCAAAAGAUGAUGAUGACGUCAUAACGCCUACCGCAUCUGAGCCUCACAUACAGAAAAUAGAGAUCCCACCGCCCAAAUCCGUGAUAACUCACAAGCCGCUACCAUACUCGAUAGCAGAUCAUGCCAAAGGUCUCAAAAACCUCGGGAAUACGUGCUUCAUGAACUCAAUCAUCCAAUGUUUAGCCCAUUCCGCUCCAAUAUUGGCAUUAUGCCAAGAGUUUGCCUUGGACAAGGUACAGAAAGUAGCCACGGUGGGCCCGCACACUAAUAUCAAGAUUAGGUCAGAUGCGAAAACUGAAGGACGAAUCACGAGCGCUUUCGCGAAUCUGGUCAAGGACAUGUGGACAUCAAAUGGGAGGGAUCCGAUUGGAUCGCCACAAGAAUUCAAGCGCGAAAUCGGGCAAUAUGCUAGUAAAUUCUUGGGCUUUGAGCAACAUGACUCCCAAGAGCUACUCCAGUACGCUUUGGAAGGGAUGCAUUCAGAAAUCAACCGGAUCCCACCUAAAGAAAAAGCUACCAAAAACGUGGAUGCAGGCGCUGACGAAAACAAUAACUCAUGCGAACCAAAGAAAUAUGAUCCGGACGACCCCGAGGAACCCAACCUUUCUGCCUCGGAAGUCGGUCGCCGUUGGUGGCGGCAGUACCUUAAGCAUGACAGCAGUGUCUUGAGUGACUUGUUCAUGGGUCAGUUUCGAUCCACUCUGAAAUGCACGGUGUGCUCUCACGAGUCUGUGACUUUUGAACCUUUCUGGCUGAUAUCAGUGCCCAUUCCCAGCAAAGGACGGCCCAGGGGUUCCAACUCGGAGGGAACGGUCAAACUUCAAGACUGUCUUGACCUUUACGUUGCUGAGGAGUCCCUUGAUGGCAAUGAGAAACCUACAUGUGGAAAGUGUAAAGAAAGACAAAAGUGCGUCAAGUGGUAUAUGGUUGAGCGAUGGCCCAAGAUUUUGGUCAUACAUUUAAAGCGAUUUGCUCCUGGAGAGCGCUUCAGGUCAAAACUCUCAAAUCACGUGGACGUUCCAGUGGAAUAUCUAGAUCUCAGCUCUUACAGCAAGUCAGGACCGGCCCAUUUCGAUUUGUACGGGGUCUCCAAUCACUCGGGAACCCUUCAUGGAGGUCAUUACACGGCAUAUUGUCGUCAUCCCUACAAAAAGGAUAAAUGGCACCUAUACAAUGAUCGAGCCGUCUCUUCCACUUCCAAAUCUGGCGUUAUUUCUUACGAGGCCUAUUUGUUGUUUUUUGAGCGGAAGGAAAACGAGAUAGAAGAGGAAAUAGAAAUGGCGAGCGCAAAAUUGGAUAUUCCGAUCGAAACAAAUAACCACCCAACCUUACAAAAUGGAAACGUGGCCGCAAAAGACGACGAAGUAACAGACGAAGACGACCUCGAGGAUGGCGAUGAAGAAUGGUGACCUUGAACGGCUAAUUUUCUAUCCUAACGUGCAGAGAUUAUUUAUUCAUUAUACUUCAUAAGUUAGCGAAUGUUAUUGAUAUUAAUAUAAGCUUUCAAAAGUGGUUAAUGCCGUUCGAAAAUAGACUGGAUUCGUUAGUGCA